AUGACAGCUCUUAGAAUGAAAAAAAAAUGCAUUAAAUUAGAAAAGGCAGUCAGCAAGGUUGGGAGAGAUGCUGCUAUUCACAUUUGGGAUAUACAGAUGCUCAAAUGUUUGUCAUUGCUAAGAGGCCAGCAUCAAAGGGGAAUAUGUGCACUUGACUUUUCAGCUGAUGGGAAAUGCUUAGCUUCAAUUGGAUUAGAUGACAAUCAUACCAUUGUACUGUGGGACUGGAAAAAAGGAGAAAAGAUGGCAGUAACCAGGGGUCACAAAGAUAAGCUCUUUGUAGUGAAGUGCAACCCUCAUCAUGCUGAUAAACUGGUGACUGUUGGAAUAAAGCACAUCAAAUUUUGGCAACAAACAGGUGGUGGUUUUACCUCAAAACGUGGCAUGUUUGGAAAUAUUGGGAAACAGGAAACCAUGAUGAGUAUUUCCUAUGGACGGAUAGAGGAUCUCGUUUUCUCUGGAUCUGCAACUGGAGAUAUUUACAUCUGGAAAGAUGUUUUGUUGGUUAAGACAGUAAAAUCUCACGAUGGGCCUGUAUUUGCUAUGCAUGCUUUAGAUAAGGGCUUCGUGACAGGUGGGAAGGAUGGUGUUGUGGCACUUUGGGAUGAUACAUUUGAGAGAUGCUUGAAGACAUAUGCCAUCAAAAGAGCAGCUCUCUCACCUGGGUCUAAAGGGUUGCUGCUGGAAGAUAAUCCAUCAAUCCGUGCCAUCAUUUUAGGACAUGGACAUAUACUGGUGGGAACAAAAAAUGGAGAGAUUCUUGAAAUUGAUAAAACCGGUCCCAUGACUCUACUUGUGCAGGGCCAUAUGGAAGGAGAGGUCUGGGGUCUGGCAGCACAUCCCCUCUUGCCUAUCUGUGCAACAGUGAGUGACGAUAAAACUCUAAGGAUCUGGGAGCUUUCCUCCCAACAUCGUAUGCUGGCAGUGCGAAAACUUAAAAAAGGUGGACGAUGCUGUGCCUUCUCCCCUGAUGGGAAAGCCUUGGCAGUUGGAUUGAAUGAUGGAAGCUUUCUGGUAGUGAAUGCUGAUACUUUGGAAGAUAUGCUUUCUUUCCAUCACAGAAAAGAAAUGAUCUCUGACAUCAAAUUUUCUCGAGAUUCAGGAAAAUACCUGGCGGUGGCUUCCCACGAUAACUUUGUAGAUAUUUACAAUGUACUUACCAGCAAAAGAGUUGGAAUCUGCAAAGGAGCAUCUAGCUAUAUCACACACAUAGAUUGGGAUUCAAGAGGGAAGCUACUACAAGUCAAUUCUGGUGCCAAAGAACAAUUCUUCUUUGAAGCUCCAAGAGGAAAGAGGCAUAUAAUAAGAUCCACAGAGAUUGAAAUGAUUGAAUGGGAUACCUGGACAUGUGUUCUUGGUCCUACUUGUGAAGGAAUUUGGCCAAUGCAUAGUGAUGUCACUGUUAUCAACGCAGCUUCCCUUACUAAAGAUAACGCUCUUUUAGCUACAGGGGAUGACUUUGGGUUUGUAAAAUUCUUCAGAUAUCCAGUAAAGGGUCAGCAUGCCAAGUUUAAGAAGUAUGUGGGUCAUAGUUCCCAUGUCACCAAUGUCCGGUGGUUACAUAAUGAUUCUGUGCUAUUGACAGUGGGUGGUGCUGACACUGCCCUGAUGAUCUGGACUCGAGAAUUUGUUGGAACCCAGGAAAGCAAGCUAGUUGACAGUGAGGAAUCAGAUACUGAUGCAGAAGAAGAUGGAGGUUAUGACAGUGAUGUUGCACGAGAAAAAGCAAUUGAUUACACUACAAAGAUCUAUGCAGUGAGCAUCCGAGAGAUGGAAGGCACAAAGCCACACCAACAAUUAAAGGAAGUUUCAGUAGAAGAAAGGCCACCAGUCAGCAGAGCUGCUCCUCAACCCGAGAAACUGCAAAAGAAUAAUAUCAACAAAAAAAAGAAAGUGGUUGAGGAACUGUGCUUAGAUCACGUCUUUGGAUAUCGUGGAUUUGAUUGCCGCAAUAACCUUCAUUACCUCAAUGAUGGUGCUGAUAUUAUUUUCCAUACUGCAGCAGCAUGCAUAGUUCAAAAUCUCUCAACAGGAAGUCAGAGUUUCUAUCUAGAACAUACAGAUGACAUCCUCUGCCUAACAGUCAACCAACACCCAAAAUAUAAAAAUAUUGUGGCCACCAGCCAGAUUGGUACCACACCGUCUAUUCACAUAUGGGAUGCAAUGACUAAGCAGACUCUCUCUAUGCUGCGUUGCUUCCAUUCUAAAGGAGUGAACUAUGUCAACUUCAGUGCAACUGGCAAACUUCUGGUGUCUCUAGGAGUUGAUCCAGAGCAUACAAUCACAGUAUGGAGAUGGCAGGAUGGUGCUAAAAUUGCAAGCAGAGGAGGUCACCUAGAGAGGAUCUUUGUUGUAGAGUUUCGUCCAGAUUCUGAUACCCAGUUCGUUUCUGUUGGAGUAAAACACAUGAAGUUCUGGACUCUUGCUGGAAGUGCUUUGCUCUAUAAAAAAGGAGUAAUAGGUUCGUUGGAUGAUGCCAAAAUGCAAACUAUGCUUUCAGUGGCAUUUGGAGCAAAUAAUCUCACUUUCACCGGUGCCAUCAAUGGAGAUGUUUAUGUGUGGAAAGAUCACUUUCUAAUUCGACUUGUAGCAAAAGCUCACACUGGCCCAGUCUUUACGAUGUACACCACUCUUCGCGAUGGGCUCAUAGUUACUGGAGGGAAAGAGAGACCAACUAAAGAAGGAGGGGCUGUAAAACUAUGGGAUCAAGAGAUGAAGCGCUGCCGAGCCUUUCAACUUGAGACGGGACAGAUUGUGGAAUGUGUGCGCUCAGUGUGCCGAGGAAAGGGUAAAAUUUUAGUGGGGACCAAAGAUGGAGAAAUCCUUGAAGUUGGAGAAAAAAAUGGUGCGUCUAAUCUUCUAAUUGAUAGCCACAUGGAAGGAGAAAUUUGGGGCUUGGCAACUCAUCCAUCCAAAGAUAUCUUUAUAUCUGCUAGUAAUGAUGGAACUGCACGGAUCUGGGACCUUUGUGAUAAAAAACUUCUUAAUAAAGUUAAUUUGGGCCACGCUGCAAGAUGUGCCGCCUACAGUCCAGAUGGCGAGAUGGUUGCUAUUGGCAUGAAGAAUGGAGAGUUUAUUAUUUUACUUGUCAACAGUCUUAAAGUUUGGGGCAAAAAAAGGGAUAGAAAAUCUGCUAUCCAGGAUAUCAGAAUCAGCCCUGAUAACCGGUUUUUGGCAGUGGGUUCACAAGAACAUACUGUAGACUUCUAUGAUCUCACACAAGGCACCACCUUGAAUCGAAUCGGCUAUUGCAAAGACAUCCCAAGUUUUGUCAUUCAAAUGGAUUUUUCAGCAGAUGGCAAAUACAUUCAGGUAUCAACUGGUGCCUACAAACGACAAGUCCAUGAGGUGCCAUUAGGAAAGCAAGUGACAGAUACAGCAUUUAUUGGAAAGAUCACCUGGGCCACCUGGACAAGUAUCCUUGGGGAUGAAGUCAUCGGUAUUUGGCCCCGAAACGCAGAUAAGGCAGAUGUCAACUGUGCCUGUGUGACCCAUGCUGGCUUGAACAUUGUCUCUGGAGAUGACUUUGGGCUAGUCAAACUCUUUGAUUUUCCAUGUACUGAAAAAUUUGCCAAACAUAAGCGUUACUUUGGUCAUUCUGCACACGUCACCAACAUACGCUUUUCUCAUGAUGACAAGUAUGUGAUCAGCACAGGAGGAGAUGACUGCAGUGUAUUUGUAUGGCGAUGUCUUUAAAGGUCACAACUCUCCUGGAUCAUUCUGCCACCACUGCCAUUUCAG